GCGUGGGCCGCGCACGCGCCGCCAUGGCAGGCAGCGACUGGGACCGGCGAGUGUUGCCCGUCUGCGUCGGGGCGGUGUUGGCGACCGCGCUGGUCGCGGAGGUGCUGGUGGUGCUGCUGCGAUUCCGUCCUCCCGGAGACCCGUUCCCGUUCUGGCCCAUCGCCUCGCUGCUUUUCCUGUUGACGAGUGCGCUGGAGAACGCCCGCCGAUUCAUCAUGGCUUCGCCAAGCACGCGCGGCGUUAUGCUGGCGGGGGCGGGGCAAGGAUGGGACUACUGCUAUUCCUGCCAGACCCAUGUGCCACCCCGCUGCAGCCACUGCUUUACCUGCAACGUUUGUGUCCUGCGACGAGAUCACCAUUGCCUGCUGCUCGGCCAGUGUUUGGGCUAUCAGAACUACCGUUACUUCCUCUGCCUGCUGCUAUAUGGGUCGGUUGCCUUGCUGUACAGCAGUUUGCUCAACGCUCACAUGGUUUGGAUGCUGCUUGAGGAAGGUGGCCUUGCCUACACAAUCCUCCUGCUGUUGCUGCCUUGGCUGAUGCUCCUGAUGGGGCAAGUCAGUUUCGUGACCUUUGUCUACGCUUUUGUGACGGACAUCUGUGUUGUGGGCUUCUUGUUCUGCAUCAGUUUCCUGCUAUUCCACAGCUUGCUGGCCCUGCGUGGACAGACCACCAAAGAAUGGUUCGAAGGAAAUCGCCGGUACCACUUGGGUUGGCAAAACAACCUUCAACAAAUCAUGGGAAACCGGUGGCUGCUGGCCUUCCUCACGCCUUUCAUCACUUCCCCUUUGCCAGGAGAUGGAAUCACUUUCCAAACUAGCGCUCUGAAAACAGAAGUGCUCUCCCGAACACAUAGCUACUAAAGAGUUUCCCCAUCUGUAUUUAUGAGGAAAGUUGAGUUCCUUUCAGCGAUGGUGCUCUUCAUUCAAAAGCAGACAACUUGGACAAAAAUUCUGAAGGUUUUGUCUUACAUCAUUGAAAGCUAAAAGCACUUUUGAUCUUGGAACGGUGGUGAUCGGUUGCUUCCCCCCACCAUGGGACUUGCAGGGCUUUCGUUCCAGGGAUCUGGAAAGGAGAAAAUUGCUAACGGGGGCAAGAGAGGGGGACACUUGUGCUCAGCUAAAUUGGUCUAAAUGCAAUGGUUAAUACUGAACCAUCUUUCUCCUGGUCCAAAGUACAUUAUAUAUUGUCUGUGUAUUUUUUUUUUCUCCCUCUUAUGUCUGCUGCUCUGAAAAAUUGCACACCCCUUCUUUUCCCAGCUUGGGAAAAAUGUGAAGCUAAAACCAAAAGAAAAACACUGGCUAGAAAUGGAUUCAGGGACCAAAAUCCAAGUUUAUAAUGCUUUGCAUCUCCGUUUUUUCCUCUCCUUGAAGCAAUUAUGAGGCUGGUUUUUUUUUUUCCUGAGCCAUAAGAUCAUGCAGAAGUCAACAAAUCUUAUGUUGUGAAAUAUUAGGGCAGUGUUUUUCAACUGUGGCAACUUUAAGACAAGUGGACUUCAACUCCCAGAAUUCCCCAGCCAGCUAUGCUUUAAGAGGGAAUGGGUUUCAACUUCCAAAAUUAAAUCAUGCUGGGAUUCUGGGAGAUGAAAUUCACCCCUGUUAAAAUAUCUUACCUGCGGAAUUCUGGGAGUUGAAGUCCACCCAUCUUAAAGUCACCAAGGUUGGGAGAUACUGUGUCAGGCAGAUGGUUAAUUUUUUUUACCUGUUGUCAUUCUGCCUGUUCCUUUUCCACAUUUGGCACUGUUCCACCCAAUAUUGUCCACCUUAAUGUCUGUCUGCUCUUUUCAUAUCCAAAAUCACAAAAUCCCUAUAGAUUUGCACUGUGAGAGACGCACAAAAGGUGUGGGCAUGGGGGAACCCAACAUUUGCUAUAUUUUUUUCUUUUUUUGUUAAAUUUUAUCCACUGCAUUCUAUGAUUGUUGUUAAUAAUAUUUUUUUAAUGCUUUAAUGUUUUUAUGCUGUAAGCCACUCAGAGUUGUUGAAUACAAGAUGGGUGGCAAAUAAAUUUCCUAAAUAAAGAAUUUAUACAAGUGGCCUUAUUUAACUGAGCACUGAUUGCACUGUAAACUUUUCAACCCAAAAAAUAAAAUAUCUUCCCAUUUCUUCAAGCCAGUGCAGAUUAUCAUCAGUGGGGUUAAUUUUAAUAUCAAGGUAAUGCCCUGGCCCUUGGUUGUUGUGAACAGACUGAAGAAACUCAAAAGCAGCACUGUGCAUGCCAGAUGUCUGCCUCUCUUAGUAACAUUGAAUUACAUUGGGCUUGGAUAAAGGGUUAAAAUUAUAUUUUUCAUGAAUUGUACAAGGAAGCAUGAAGCAAAUGGCUAUUUUUCUGCUUUAACAUUUCAUGUAACUUCUUGAGAAGUUUAAAGAAAUAAAUGGGGGAAAAUUAAAUA